AUGUCUGAAGGCGCGAUCAUGUAUCCGAUGCCCUCCGGGGACCCUUCGAUAGCUACGUUGGUGUUAUCGUCCAUAUGGACUAUGGUCUUGGUAACGACGGUCUUCCUAGGGCUCCGUAUCUACUGUCGAGCUGUACGGACGGCAAAGAUGUGGUGGGAUGACCAUCUUCUAGUGAUCAGCUGGGUUUUCCUGCUUAUAGCAGUGAGUCUGCAGACGGUCAUAUAUCGAAACGGUUAUCUCGUCACCACUUUGUCAGGUCCGUUGAUAAUGCCGGUAAACCUUUCUGCCGACACGUUCACGAAGCUAUCGUUAGCCUUUAGCAAAACUUCUUUCGCACUCACUCUAUUACGGUUCACAGAUGGCUGGGCCAAGUAUGUCAUCAUCAUAACGACGGUCAUCAUGAACGCGAUGUGUAUUGCCCACUCGAUUCUGGUAUGGAGGGCAAAUUGUGGCGCUCCAGACCCACACACAUUUGAGCCGUGCUGGUCUGCUACCAGCGGACUUUGGAUGAAUAUGGUUGGCUCAAUUAUUUCCGCUAUUACAGAUUUUAUCUUGGCCAUGAUACCGAUCAAGGUUGUCUGGAGCUUACAGAUGAUCAAACGCGAGAAAGCCGGAGUGGCCAUUGCCAUGGGCAUUGGUUGUCUAGCUGGAACUGUGGCUAUUGUGAAGUCAGUUGAGUCAUACCACGCUGCGAGGGCUGUAGGAGUCGAGUUUUCUCGACGACUCGCAGUGCUUAGCAUCUGGAUCAAUGCCGAACCGAACGCUACGAUAAUAGCCGCCUCUAUCCCCGUGUUGCGCGUCUUGCUCCGGGACGCAAAGGCCUACUACGCAGGCAAAUACCGCUCGGGUAGCCACUACAUCAAAUCUGACGGAGAAUUCCAUACCAACACCACUUCCAAUGCUGUUGUAGUAUUAGGAGAUACGAAUGACGGCGGCGAUGAGACUACUCCGCAAAGCAACGAAAGGCACGCCGACAAACACGUCCUGGAGGAUGGCGUGACAACCUUUGAGAUGGGACAUAGCUGGAAGGUGAACAGUGUUAUCAAUGAUACAAAGGCUUCAUCUUGA